AUGUCUGCGGGUAGCGAUUCUCCUCCUGACAGUCCACUCAAGUCUACCGAGUUUAGCGAUCACAUACUUCGCUCCCUUACGCAUAUUACCACCGAUCUCCGUGAAUCGCUCGUCACUGCGCUGUCCGGGGCCUCUUUGGAGUUUAACAACUGGACAGGAUGGAAGUCAGACAUAGAUAAUCGCUGCGCUGCCUCCCGCUCCGAAUUAGAUGCUCUGGAGAUGGUGAUCAGGCAAAUGAGAUCGUCUGUUGGCAGGUCGGAAAGUUGGCUCAUAGCUGAACUUCUGGAGCUCCCUGCUGCUCGAUUGCGCUCCAAAGUGGAAGCGCAUGAAAGGGCCUCUCAACAAACGUCCUUCGCGACCCCUUACAUGGAUCAAUUCGGUCAAGUGCUCGGUACACUCAUCAAGGGCGUCUCCAGUCUCACUCUACUGGAGGAAGUACUCGCUGCCGGGAUGCAGACACAAAGACAAAUGGCGAACGCCACUAGUCAAAGCAUUCGUCAAUCGUCAGCUAGCAGCUGCCGCUCACUAACGGCGUCCAAAACCAGGCUCAGGAUCUGUCUGUGCAGGCCUGCAGCAUCGUGUCGACCUUUACCUGGCCCAUGCCCCUACUUUACUACUCCCCGCGAUGUAUUUGUCACAGGCGAAGACCAGCCCUCAUCGACGCGGGUUCUAAACCCCUGGCAAACCGUCGUUCGCUUCAUCUUAACGGGACCCAUGACGGAGCUAAUGCGGAAAUCGCUCACGAGCGAUUUCCUUUCCUCGACCCUUGCAACUCUCACUAUGCUCGAGCACUUUGAGAUUGACCUCGGGCAUCCAAACCAACUUGAACCCAUGGAUUCGACUCCAAAGCAAGACAAAAGCACUCCCGACCCAUCUCGCUUCCACAUUUGCGGACUAUCGUCACUCACUUUGACUAUCUCGCAACUCGCCUCCAGUUUAUCGCCAACCUCGAGGUACUAG